ACCAGUUUAAUUUGGAGCACACAUUUCAAGCCCUCACACCACACACACCUCCUUCCACUGCUCCAUCUUCUUCUUCUUCUCCUUCUCCGAGCUUGAGCUUUGGGGUGACCUGGCAAUGGCGGCUCAGGCUCUUCUCUCUGGGAGGCAGCUGCUGGGGAGGCCAUUGCAGUCUUCAGCCUCCAGGUCUUCCUCCUCCAGGAAGUCACCCUUCAUUGUCAGGGCAGAGGCCACUCCACCUGCCAAGCAAGGAGCUGACAGGCAGCUGUGGUUCGCAUCCAAACAGUCCCUGAGUUACCUUGAUGGCACGCUGCCGGGAGACUUCGGGUUCGACCCGCUGGGGCUGUCGGACCCGGAGGGGACGGGCGGGUUCAUCGAGCCGCGGUGGCUGGCCUACGGCGAGGUGUUCAACGGCCGGACGGCGAUGAUGGGCGUCGUCGGCAUGGUGGCGCCGGAGGGGCUCGGCAAGCUGGGGCUCGUCCCGCCGGAGACGGCCAUCCCCUGGUUCCAGACGGGCGUGAUCCCGCCGGCGGGCACCUACAGCUACUGGGCCGACCCCUACACCCUCUUCGUCUUCGAGCUGGCCCUCGUCGGCUUCGCCGAGCACCGCCGCUUCCAGGACUGGUACACGCCGGGCUCCAUGGGGAAGCAGUACUUCCUCGGCCUCGAGAAGUACCUCGGCGGCUCCGGCGAGCCCGCCUACCCCGGCGGCCCGCUCUUCAACCCGCUCGGCUUCGGCACCAAGAGCGAGGCCGAGAUGAAGGAGCUCAAGCUCAAGGAGAUCAAGAACGGCCGCCUCGCCAUGCUCGCCUUCCUCGGCUUCGCCGUCCAGGCGAUCUUCACCGGCGUCGGCCCCGUCCAGAACCUUCUCGACCACCUCGCCGACCCCGUCCACAACAACAUCCUCACCAGCCUCAAGUUCCACUAGAACCCCCAUCCAUCGCCGCUCUACGUAUCCUCUACGUAUUUCUACCCCUUUUUAAUUAAAUGUAUUAUUAUUAGUACGUAUUUAUGUACGUAUACGUACGGUAAGCCGCGUGUGAUCGAGAGGAGUGUGGGGGGUUCUACUGUACGCACGUACAUACGGUGAUGCGUAUUUGGGGUGUAGGGUGUGGGUGUAUAACAUGUAAAUUUCUGCUCCGACUGAUUGCACGCAUGGAUCGAUCUGCUUGUCUUCUGUUUC